AUGCACAAUUCUUUAAGCGAAACCUGGGGCGACGCUCACACAGAUCGGCUGCCAUCCACGGUGGAACAAUUUCAUGAUUCUCUUGUCAAUUAUUCCGACAACAUCGCCUUAAUCUGUACCCAUCAAGAUGCGGGCCUUUACGGCAUCUCGACCAGAGAUUGUUCAUUCAAAGAUGCUCAGAGUGCGCCGUACCUCCGUUGGACAUUUCAAGAUUUGAAACUGGGAGUUUCCCGGCUGGAGGGAAGCCUAAGGUCACUGGGUGUCAAGACAGGCACACCGAUCAUCACACUACUUCCAAACUGCGCGGAGUUUGUCUUGACAUGGUGGGCAGCCAUGGAGAUUGGAGCCUUCGUGGCUCCUCUGGAUCCAAGCCGACUGUCAAACGCAAGUGAGACCAAGAACAACCUUGAAACAAUAAUGAAAGUAGCAGACGAUAAGCCGCCCGUCAUCGUUGCCUUUGACGCUGAAUCUCUCGACUUCCCGGGCAUUUCGUCGAUUCCGAGACAGGCAGCGAUUGUCGUGUCUACCACCAGGGGAACUGAGAGCCAUGCUUUGUUCAAAGACCUGAUGAUGACCUCACAAGAUGCAGACAUUGAUUUAACCAAAAGGGUGGAGCACGAAGUCACCCCACCUGGCCGGAGUUGCAUCCUCUUCACCAGUGGGUCAACCUCCUUGCCCAAGGGUGUGAUUCGCAGGCCGAACCUCCAGGCAUCUUUUGCGCGGGAUGUGUUCAGGACGCCCGGGUAUGAAACUCUACCUGGAGAUCUCUGGUGUUGUGUAACGCCAAACAAUCACUGUGUUGGCAUCAACAGUUUGAUUUCCCCCAUGUUGGUGGGCGCCGGCGUCUUGUACCCAGGGGAGGCCUUUUCAGCGGAGGCCACGGCCCAGGCACUUUUGCAAGAAAGAUGCACGCACAUGAUCAUGGUGCCAACCAAUGUCAGCCUGAUUGCAGAGUAUCUCGCGGAAGACACUGGCGAUAUGCGCACAAGCUUGAAGGCUGUGGCGCUGGCCGGGUCUCCGCCAACGAUCCAAACCGUUGAGACAUGCUUGCAGGCCCUUGGAACGCGCGGUGUUUGCGUCCGAUAUGGGAGUACAGAAGGCCUGGCCUGUGACAGUGAGAUUGUGUCAAAUAUGCAGGGUAUUAUUGGCGAGAACGGUCUACUGACAGUGGGAAGACCGGUAGCCAGAGACGGAGUCAAGAUUUGCCAGCCUCACGGAACCGAUAGACUCGGUGUACCACUCCCCCGUGGGAUGACUGGGGAGAUCCACUAUAGUGCCGGUGCUUGGCGCAAUCACACCAUGUACAUUGGACGUGAGGACACCGAUGACACGUGCUAUACGGAUUACGCAGGCAAGCGCUGGCUAAUCACCGGUGACGAGGGCAUGAUGGACAGCCAAGGGCGUCUGUACGUGGUCGGUCGACUCAAGGAUACGAUAAUCCGGGGAGGCGAGAACAUUUCCCCGGUGGCCAUUGAGGUGCGUCUGGCCAAUAAUCCGAAGCUAGCAUCCAAGUCUAUUCAAAUUGUCGGACAACCGGACCCAAUCAGCGGAGAGGUUCCAAUCGGUGUGAUUGCCAGCGGUCCAGAUUUCAGCGAGACUGCAGCAGAGAUCUAUCGCUGCAUCCGUGCCGACAUGGGCCUCAUGUGGGCUCCGCAUGAAGUCAUUCACCUAGCGCAGCUCGGUCUUGAAGACUGGCCUCGCACAUCCAUGGGCAAAGUGAAUCGCAAUACCCUUCGAAAACUGGUACAUAAGCGUUAUGAGAAUUCAUUGGAGGCUUCAGGGGGGAACGGGGGCCAGUCUGGUGCGAUGACUGGCGAUGGACACAUUCGUCAGCAGAUUUUGAGAGCCUGGGCGAGCGCCUUGGCAUUGGAUGAAGAGCAGUUACCCCUUGAUAUAAGUAUUUCGCAAUUUGCCGACAGUCUCUCGGUAGCUCAAGUGAGAGGACAUCUUCGACGUACGGUGCCUGGGCUAGGAAAUAUCUCUGUGAGAGAUGUUUCUGGGAACAACACGUUGUCAGAGCAGAUUGACUUGGUAGUUCAAGCGUGGAGAAGGGAAGGUCAUAAAAGUCCAGAAGAAAGUGAUCAUGAGGGUCCCCCGACUGCAGAUGAAAUGCUGCACACGAUCGGCCAACCAGACCUCUUCACGCCCACCAAGACGCUUGUUAUGGAAGUCAUCGAACAACAGGGCUUCCGCUGGGACGACGUGGCGAGCGUGUUUCCUGCGCAGAAUCUCGUCGACGAGCUCUCUAGAAAUGGCAUGCUUGACACGCUCAGGUUCCAAUAUGCCUUCACUACAAAAACAGAGGGUAGUCUCGAGGUGAGUUGA